GGCUUGUUCGCCCUUCGAUCCAGGCUUCGCAUAAAGACGACCCCGCCCAAUUCGGGGCCCUAGCAGAUGCCCUAGAGAGGGUUCCUAAAUUUGGGCGAAUUUUCUCUGAGAUCAAAAGCGAUCGAGGAGAAAUUGAGGGGGCGAUGAAGUUCUUGAGCUGGUACUUGAAGAUUGGUGCAGUCUCGGCUCUUGUCGGAGCAUCGAUGGAGCUCUUCAUGAUCCACACCGGUUUCUAUGAUAAGGUGACUGUUCUGGAGUCAGAAAAGCGAGCUUGGGAGAGCUCUCCGGAAGCUCAAGCUAUCAGAGAAGCUCUAAAUCCUUGGAGAAAGCUUGAUGAAGAAAAAAGCAAAUCUUGAUGUAGAGAUCAGCAAAUAAUCAUAACUUGGUUGAACACUUGCUCAGUGGAUUAGCUAUGGGGAAUUCUCUCACUGUGACUGCAACUAAGAUGAUUUUUCUUCGUACUGCCUCGAUGAACACAAUAAUCUUUUCGGGUUGACAUUAGAGAGAGAGGAGGUUUCGUUGUUGAAUAUCUUUCUUCAUAGAUUGGUGUUCGCCCAAUUUUUUAAGAGGAGGACAAAGGAUGGAGAAUAAUUGAGAUAAAUGUAAUAUUUGCUGGUUAAUGAAUACAUUUGAUGUUGCAUCAUUGUUGUUC